AAUAAAAUAAUAAAAUAAAAUAAAAUAAAAUAAUAAAAUAAAUAGAUAAAUAGAUAAAUAAAUAAAAUAAUAAAAUAAAUAAAAUAAAAUAAAUAAUUUAAGCCCUACACCAAAAAUAAGCCCCAAUGAAGAGGCGUGGCCAGUACAGGAUGCAGCCCUUCCCUUCCCUGGUCACCUCAUGGAGGUUUGGCCUCUUAAUUCCAGCCCUAUGGAUCAGCUGAGCUAGUGAGGGCUGGGAGCUGCCUCUCAUUUUGUCUUGCCUGGAGUUCAGGUUUUGCUCAGGCUGCUACUAUGAUGUGGCAGAAAGCCAUGCGGUGCAUCAGAAUAGGCCCCCACCCCCCCACCCCUGCUCAACUGCUGGACCUGUUUUACCUGCUGCUGCUGGCCUCAGCCUCCUGGCUGUGCUGCUCUCAGUAGCCCUGCUGGGCUGCUCCUGGCUGUGUGGCAAUUUGGCCCAGAUUUCCAGAGCAUCUUCCCUGCUGCCAGCCUGCCAGGGCCCCCUUUGGCAGCGGUUGUGCUGCCCUGUGUGAGCUCCAUGGUGGUGUUUCAGUGAUACGGAGGAGGGAGGGGGAGAUCGCCCCUUCCUCCUUUGCACCCCAAAACACCAUCUUCCCUGGCUGCCGAGUCCCUGGCCUGCACCCCUCUUGCGGAGCAAGAUGUGCAACUCGAUGUUAUCUGUGGAGGCCUCUCAGUGCAAUGCUCUGCUGCAGUUUCAAAGGAAACCUCUGCCUUCCCUGCACAGGAUUGCAAGGCUGGAGGCUUCAGAGGGAUCAUUUUUGGGAUGUGCAUCUGUGCAGGGUUCCCCAUGGAAAGGACGAUUGGCAGGAAAAUGGGGGGGGGGAUUUUCCUGCUGAUUUUCCAGCCCAGCAGGCCGGCCAAGAGCAGCGCUGCCAGGAGGGUGAAGAGCCCCCAUGAGGCCAGCAGCAGCAUGGGCAGCUGCAGACAGCCCGCCAUGGCUGAGAAGUGUCUCAGCAGUAGCUGAGCUAGCAGGCAGGGCAGGUGGAGGCCAGGGCAUGCCAAAAGCUUGGCCCAUUGCAGCCACAGGCAAGCAGACAGUGGGACGGAGAGGGUGGAGCCAGUGGUAACUGUGCUCCCACUCCUGUUGGCCCCCUGCUCUUUGCCUCCUGCACAUCAAAAAAAUAAGACCUCCCUGAAAAUAAUCCCAAGUGCUUAUUUUCAAGCCCAAAAGAAAAUAAGACCGGGUCUUAUUUUUGGGGAAACACAGUAGUCCUCAGGUUGCAAGCACUCAUUCAGUAACUGUUCAAAGUUAUGGUGGCACUGAAUGAGUAGUACUUAUGACUGGUCCUCAAAAUUCUGGCCAUUGCAGCACCCAUACAGUCACAUCAUCAUGUUUGGGUUCACACUUAGGACCAUUGCAGCCUCCCCUGAUUGUCAUUUGCACCAUUCCCUGUCAGCCUCUCACAAGUAAUGUGAAUUGGCAAGCUGGAAGGGAAAGUUGUAAAUUACUCCUGUUGCUUUUUCUCCCAAGGACCCUCCUAGAGAGUACAAUAUCAAGCACCUCCCCCAAAUCAUCCUGCUUGUGCUGUGUAGCAAUCAUCCACAACCCUGCUGACCUGCCUGCAGUCCCCCAUUAUCCAUAGCAUCUGCCCAUGACCCCCAAUGGAGUGUACAUGACCUCUGCCAAUCUGCUUAUGCUCCAAAGAGCCUGCCACCAACAACCUAUUUGCACCACCCACAGCCAGGCUGGCUUCCCUGCCCUUGUGGACUUCGGGUUGCUACACAUUGCUUAGCAAUGGAAAUUCAAGAUCCAAUUGUUAUUGUAACAUGAGGACUGCCUAUAGGUAUUUUUUAGCAUAUAAAUUGAUAGAUAAAAUAUUGAAAAUAGUCAUUUUCAAUUUGAUAAGGAGACUAUUAAUUAAUCUGUCAUUUCCAGUUUGUGGCUCUUGGAAUUCUUUGCUUUUACAUUGAGCAUUGAUUUUUUUUGAUGUGGAGACAAAAGCUGUCUUUCUAAAAGACAUACAUUCUCUUAUUAGGUGAUACUAUCAAUAAGGAGGAUCUGUACUUUUAACUCAUCUUUUUUGUAAUUUAUGAAUGCACCUCUGAUAAAGGUAAGGGAUGGAAAGGUGGGGAGAAUUUUAAAAAAUUGUGAAUGGGCUUCUGGUUGGCUACAUUUAUGUAUUUAGUUAAAUGAAUGUGCCAGCUUACUUACUUUCUAUUCUUGAUUCUCUCUGCUAGCCCGAGGAGAUGACAAGAUUGAGAAGCAUGAAUAGGCAGCUCCAGAUAAAUGUAGACUGUACUCAGAAAGAAAUUGACCUCCUUCAGUCUAGAGGAAACUUUGACCUGAAAGCCAUGAAUAAUUUUUAUGAUAAUAUAGAGCCUGGUCCUGUUGUGCCGCCAAAGCCAUGUAAAAAAGGAGAGAGAAUGUCAUCCUUACCCCUGGGGGGAAGCUGUGAAGAGGAUGGUGGCCACAACAGAGAAGGCACAAUUCCUAGGUCCCACAAGAUGACAGCAGUUAAUGACCAUCAAAAUAGUUCCAAGCAAGUUCUGCGAUCACAGCCAAGAGAUGAGGACUUUGAAGGAGCUCCAUGGAAUUGUGACAGCUGUACUUUCUUGAAUCACCCAGCACUGAAUCGUUGUGAGCAAUGUGAAAUGCCGCGUGUUACAGGUAUGCAGACAAACUAUGAAGAAUCAGAGCUGAUCUGGCCAGAGCAAGCUGGAAAACAAGAGCUCCCUAUGUUUCCAGACUGUAAAACUGAAAAAGGGGGAAUCAAAGAACAGAAAAGGAUAAUCUGA